AUGACAGGUCUGAUGAGGGAAGCAAUCUCAAAAAACUGCUUUAGAAGUUUCUUGGUGGGGAAUAACAAGGUGUCUGUAGAUGUUCUUCAAUAUGUUGAUGAUACUAUAUUUUUUGGAAAAGCCUCCAUGGAGAAUGUCAAAGUUGUGAAGGUCAUUCUCAGAAGCUUUGAGAUGGUCUUUGGUUUGAGGAUCAAUUUUUCAAAGAGUCAAUUUGGAGCUAUAGGUCAACCUGAGGACUGGUGCAUCUCUGUUGCUGCCUACCUUAACUGUGCUCUGCUCCAGCUUCCUUUUUGUUAUUUAGGAAUUCCAAUUGGAGUCAAUCCAAAAAGAAAGGUGGUUUGGGAACCGAUAAUAAGGAAGUUUAAGGCUAAACUGAGCAAGUGGAAUCAAAGAAGCAUCUCUAUGACUGGCAGAAUCACUCUUAUCAAUGUUGUCCUAACAACAUUACCUCUGUUUUAUUUGUCUUUUUUCAGGGCCCCCUCAGCAGUGAUCAAUAGGUUAUCUGCCAUCCAAAGGCAAUUUCUUUGGGGUGGUAAUCGAGAAGGGAAGAAGAUUGCUUGGAUAUCUUGGAGUCAAUGUUGUGCUUCUAGAGAUAUGGGAGGUUUAGGGAUCAAAGACAUUAAGAUCCUUAAUAAUGCUCUUUUAAUCAAAUGGAAAUGGAUGAUGUUUCACCAACCAGACCAUCUUUGGAAUAGGAUCUUGGUUUCUAAAUACAAAGGUUGGAGGGGACUGGAUUAG